UAUUUAUAUUUCUUUUAUUUCUGUCAAAUUUUUUUAAAAUUUAAAAGGCAAAGUAAAAUAUUUUUUCGAAAGAAAAGAAAUGGCUUCGGCAAGCAGUACAUCAGCCCGUUCUUUGUUCCAGGAUUCAAAAACGCGCCUGGCCGACAGGGUACAGGUGAACGUUAAUAAUAUCGCUGCAGUCGCCCGACAGAUUACCAGAGGAUCAAAAAGCCAAGAAAUCCUUAUGCACUCCUCUCGGAAUUUUGCCGUGCAAGAACAACUAAUCGAAAACUCUGAAAACAAUCUUAAAAGAUUGCAACUACUGUGCGCACAUUUAGGAGUUCAACAGGACGUGUUGCACAGACGAGCAGCACAAAUCGAAGAGGUUAAGGAGCAAGUCCAGGCGAUGCAAAGAUGAUUUGGAUUAUAAGUGAUAGUUCGUGACUACUUUUUGUACUACUAGAAGAGUGAAAUAUAUCUAUAUAAUAUUUUGGAAGUUUUCUUACAGUUGUAUGUUCUUAAUAACAGCUCGAAAAUCUCUCACGAAAUAACUGAAGUGUAGAUUGAAAUAAAAUAAAAGACAUUUGAGAUAUUA